GCAGCCUAACAUCACUGACAUCGAGUUCAACUGGGAGCCUAUUUUUCAUCCUAAAAUAGUUGGAGAGGACAUGUAUAAAAUAGAAAGAGCAGAGCCUCUGAUCUUUUACUGGACAUCCCUGGCCCCUCUCCCACCUGAACGCCCAUCAGACAGUAAUAAGCCAAGAUGGCAAUGAGCAGCAUCCUCAACGCUGAUGACAUCAAGAAAGCUCUAGAUGCAUUUGCAGUUGCUGACUCUUUUGACCAUAAGAAGUUUUUUGAGAUGGUGGGUCUGAAGUCCAAGUCUUGUGAGGAUGUGAAGAAGGUCUUCACGGUGCUGGACGCCGACAACAGCGGCUUCAUAGAGGAGGAAGAGCUCAAGUUCGUCCUGAAGGGCUUUGCCAAAGAUGGCAGGGACCUGACAGACAAAGAAACCAAAGCAUUUUUAAAAGCAGCCGACAAGGAUGGAGACGGCAAGAUUGGAGUCGAUGAAUUUGCUGCCCUAGUGAAAGAAUAAAAAGUCCCCUACCACACUGAAGGAUCACCUCCCACCCACAUGCACAUCCUAAAGCCCCUCUUCACUCUUUCCUCCACCUUGCCAGCACCUACACCCCAGCCCCCCUCCCACAAGACUAAAGCCAAUUCCUGCUACGAUCCCUCCCGUCCUCCACUUCUCCCCCACUGCUGUCUUCACGACAUGCAAUUCUGCAGUGAAGUAGGCUGUUUGCAGCCCCCCUCACCCCCUCCACCACCACCACCACCACCAUAGCAGUAUUCAUCCUAUUUCAUUUAUCCUUUUUAUACAAACGGUUCUUCUUUGUGUUUACAUAUAGAUAGAAUACAAGCCACAUUUUAAAGCAUAAAAUAGAUAUUUACAGAAAAUGUUUCUCUCUGUGUUUGCAGCUUUUCCAUUUUUCUGAUGUCUUUGUUUUCCUUUGCCGGUUCUUCCUUUCAUGUUCCAGCUGUUUUUCUUCCUUUUUCUGUCCUCUUACUUAUAAUUUCACCUCCACCUCAGUCACACCUCCUGCACCCGCUCCUCCUCUAUCUCUCACGCCCUCAUCCUCAUGCCCAUCCCCAUCCAUCUAUCUAUCCACUGCCCAUCACUUUCUCCUCUGGUAACAAGCUGUUGUAAAAAAUAGCAAAAGAAGAAAGAAGUCAAGCUGUGAACGAAUAAAAUAAAAUUAAUUUAAUGGGUCAAAAACAAAA